AUGUUUUUCAGUUGUCUUUUUUCAUUUUAUAUCUAUUCCUUUUCAGUUCCAUCGCUUUUACAGUCGCUUUCUUUGAAUUUCAAGACGUUCCUUUCAGUUCGCUUUUUUUUUCAAGCCGUUCCUUUCAGUUCGCAUUUGAAUUUUAAAGGUCGCUUUCAGUUUUCGCUUUCGCUUUUCAAAUUUUCGCUUUCUUUUCAAAUUCAAGCCGUUUUCUUUUCGUUCGCUUUUGAAUUUAAGCCUUUCCCUUUCAGUUCGCUUUUUCAAUUUCAAGCUUUUCCCUUUCAGUUCGCUUUUUUUGACAUUUCCCUUUCAGUUCGCUUUUUUUCAGCCGUUUUUCUUUUCAGUUCGCUUUUGAAUUUCAAGCCUUUCCCUUUCAUUCGCUUUUCAAUUUCAAGCCUUUCCUUUCAGUUCCUUUUCAAUUUAAAGCCUUUUCCUUUCAGUUCGCUUUUUAAUUUCAAGCCGUUCACUUUCAGUUCAAUUUUCAAUUUCAAGACGUUCCCUUUCAGUUCGCUUUUUGAAUUUCAAGCCUUUUCCCUUUUUUGUUUCAAACCGUCGCUUUUCAAUUUCAAACCGUUUCCUUUCAGUUCGCUUUUCAAUUUCAAGCCUUUCCCUUUCAGUUCGCUUUUGAAUUUCAAGCCGUUCCCUUUCAGUUCGCUUUUGAAUUUCAAGCCCCCUUUCAGUUCGCUUUUCAAUUUCAAACUUUCCUUUUCAGUUUCGCUUUUUUUCCGUUCAAAGCCUUCCCCUUUCAGUUCGCUUUUUAAUUUCAAAGCCUUUCCCUUUCAGUUCGCUUUUGAAUUUAAAGCCUUUCCCUUUCAGUUCGCUUUUCAAUUUCAAGCCGUUUUCAGUUCGCUUUUCAAUUUAAAGCCGUUCCUUUCAGUUCGUUUUUUGAUUUUUCCUUUUCAGUUCGCUUUUGAAUUUAAAGCCUUUCCUUUCUUUCAUUUGAAUUUAAAGCCUUUCCCUUUCAGUUCGCUUUUUGAAUUUUCAGUUUCCUUUUUCAGUUCGCUUUUGAAUUUCCUUUUCCAGUUCAGUUCGCUUUUCAAAUUCAAGCCGUUUCCUUUCAGUUCGCUUUUCAAAAGCCUUCCUUUCCUUUCAUUCGCUUUUCCUUUCAGUUCCCUUUCAGUUUUUUUGAAUUUCAAGCCUUCCCUUUCAGUUCGCUUUUUUCAAUUUCAAGCCGUUCCUUUCAGUUCGCUUUUGAAUUUAAGCCGUUCCCUUUCUUUCCUUUUCAGUUCGCUUUUCAAUUUCAAGCCGUUCCCUUUCAGUUCGCUUUUCAAUUUAAAGCCGUUCCCUUUCAUUCGUUUUUUCAAUUUCAAGCCGUUCCCUUUCAGUUCGCUUUUCAAUUUAAAGCCUUUCCCUUUCAGUUCGCUUUUUUCAUUUCAAAGCCGUUCCUUUCAGUUCGCUUUUGAAUUUCAAGCCGUUCCCUUUCAGUUCGCUUUUGAAUUUCAAGCCUUUCCCUUUCAGUUCGCCUUUCCCUUUCAGUUCGCUUUUCAAUUUAAAGCCUUUCCUUUCAGUUCGCUUUUCAAUUUAAAGCCUUUCCUUUCAGUUCGCUUUUUUUUUCAAUUUCAAGCCGUUCCUUUUCAGUUCGCUUUUCAAUUUCAAGCCGUUCCUUUUCAGUUCGCUUUUGAAUUUAAAGCCUUUCCUUUUCAGUUCGCUUUUCUUUUCAAUUUUUUUUUGUUUAACGCCUUUCCCUUUCAGUUCGCUUUUCAAUUUUUCAAUUUGUUCCUUUUCAGUUCGCUUUUUGAAUUUCAAAGCCUUUCCCAUUUCAGUUCGCUUUUGAAUUUCAAGCCGUUCCCUUUCAGUUCGCUUUUCAAUUUCAAGUUCGUUUUCAAUUUAAAGCCAUUCCCUUUCAGUUCGCUUUUCAAUUUCAAGCCGUUCCCUUUCAGUUCACUUUUUUCAAAUUUCAAGCCGUUCCCUUUCAGUUCGCUUUUUCAUUUCGGACCCGUUCCUUUUCAUUCGCUUUUUUUUCAAUUUCAAGCCGUUCCUUUUCAGUUCGCUUUUCAAUUUCAAGCCGUUCCCAUUUCAGUUCGCUUUUCAAUUUCAAGCCGUUCCUUUCCAGUUCGCUUUUUGAAUUUCAAGCCGUUCCUUUCAGUUCGCUUUUUUGAAUUUCAACCGUUUCCUUUCAGUUCGCUUUUGAAUUUAAAGCCUUUCCUUUCAGUUCGCUUUUCAAUUUCAAGCCGUCCCUUUCAGUUCGCUUUUGAAUUUAAAGCCUUUCCCUUUCAGUUCGCUUUUGAAUUUAACGCCUUUCCUUUUCAGUUCGCUUUUCAAUUUAAAGCCUUUCCUUUUUCAGUUCGCUUUUUGAAUUUUAAUCCGUUCCCUUUCAGUUCGCUUUUGAAUUUAAAGCAUUUCCCUUUCAGUUCGCUUUUCAAUUUUAAAGCCGUUCCUUUUCAGUUCGCUUUUGAAUUUAACGCCUUUUUGAAUUUAAAGCUUUUCAGUUGGCUUUUUUUAUUUAAAGCCGUUCCCUUUUCAGUUCGCUUUUUUAAUUUCAAGCCGUCCCUUUUCAGUUCGCUUUUUCAAUUUCAAGCCGUUCCCUUUCAGUUCGCUUUUCAAUUUCAAGCCGUUCCUUUUCAGUUCGCUUUUCAAUUUCAAAAGCGUUCCCUUUCAGUUCGCUUUUUCAAUUUCAAGCCGUUCCUUUUCAGUUCGCUUUUGAAUUUCAAGCCGUUCCCUUUUCAGUUCGCUUUUUUCAAUUUCAAGCCGUUCCAGUUUUUCAGUUCGCUUUUCAAUUUCAAGCCGUUUCCUUUCAGUUCGCUUUUGAAUUUAAAGCCUUUCCCUUUCAGUUCGCUUUUGAAUUUCAAGCCGUUCCCUUUCAGUUCGCUUUUCAAUUUCAAGCCGUUCCCUUUCAGUUCGCUUUUCAAUUUCAACCGUUCCCUUUCAUUCGCUUUUCAAUUUAAAGCCGUUCCUUUUCAGUUCGCUUUUUUGAAUUUAAAGUUCCGUUCCCUUUCAGUUCGCUUUUUUCAUUUAAAGCCGUUCCUCCCUUUCAGUUCGCUUUUGAAUUUCAAAGCCGUUCCCUUUCAGUUCGCUUUUGAAUUUCAAGCCGUUCCUUUUCAGUUCGCUUUUCAAUUUCAAGCCGUUUCCCUUUCAGUUCGCUUUUUCAUUUUUCAAGCCUUUCCCCUUUUUUCAGUUCGCUUUUCAAUUUCAAGCCGUUCCCUUUCAGUUCGCUUUUCAAUUUCAAUUUGUUCCUUCAGUUCGCUUUUCAAUUUCAAGCCGUUCCCUUUCAGUUCGCUUUUUGAAUUUCAAGCCGUUCCUUUUCAGUUCGCUUUUUUUCAAUUUCAAGCCUUUCAUUUUCCUUUCCUUCGCUUUUUUUCAAUUUCAAGCCUUCCCCUUCAGUUCGCUUUUGAAUUUCAAGCCGUUCCCUUUCAGUUCGCUUUUCAAUUUCAAGCCUUUCCUUUUCAUUUCCUUUUGAAUUUCAAAGCCGUUCCCUUUCAGUUCCUUUUGAAUUUCAAUCCGUUCCUUUCAGUUCGCUUUUUCAAUUUCAAUCCGUUCCCUUUCAGUUCGCUUUUGAAUUUCAAUCCUUUCCCUUUCAUUCGCUUUUCAAUUUCAAGCCGUUCCCUUUCAGUUCGCUUUUCAAUUUCAAGCCGUUCCAGUUCGCUUUUGAAUUUAAAACCGUUCCUUUUGUUCGCUUUUGAAUUUCAAGCCCUUCCCUUUCAGUUCGCUUUUCCGUUCAAUUUCAAGCCGUUCCCUUUCAGUUCGCUUUUCAAUUUCAAGCUGUUCCCUUUCCGUUUCGCUUUUCCGUUCGCCUUCCCUUUCAGUUUUUUCAAUUUCAAUCCGUUCCCUUUCAGUUCGCUUUUGAAUUUCAAGCCUUCCCUUUCAGUUCAAACCUUCGCUUUUCAAUUUCAAGUUUUUUCCUUUUCAGUUCGCUUUUCAAUUUCAAUCCGUUCCUUUCAGUUCGCUUUUCAAUUUGAAUCCGUUCCCUUUCAGUUCGCUUUUUUCAAUUUCAAGUUCCGUUCCCUUUUUUCAGUUCGCUUUUCAAUUUCAAGCCGUUCCCUUUCAGUUCGCUUUUUUGAAUUUCAAGCCUUUUCCUUUCAGUUCAAUUUCAAUUUGUUCCUUUUCAGUUCGCUUUUCAAUUUCAAGCCGUUCCCUUUCAGUUCGCUUUUUAAAUUUCAAGCCUUUCCCUUUCAGUUCCUUUUGAAUUUCAAGCCUUUUUCCUUUCAGUUCGCUUUUCAAUUUAAAGCCUUUCCCUUUCAGUUCGCUUUUGAAUUUCAAGCCCUUCCUUUUGAAUUUCCUUUUUGA